CCUUUAAGCAUCCUUUGCAAAAGGUAGCCACCAUGUUGCCCCCUUCCGAAUCAUCUUCAUUGGCUGAAGCGCAGCCAGAAUAUAAGCUGAUGAACUUCAUUAUUCAUAUGCUACCUGUUGGUGCUUUAAAAGAAAAUGUCUUAUUACCUCCCGUUUUACCUCACGUUAAGAUUUUGCAAAAAGGCAAGAGCUUUACUGCAGAGAUGCUGGAGAGUGAGAUUCGCCGUAAAGAUAAACUUCUCUAUUUCAAAGCUCUCGGCGUAAGAAUGGAUGAUAUGGAAAUCUUUUUUCAACAUUCACCAACUUCAAACAAGCACCACGGUACGUAUAACGAAGUUGCACGUUACAUGUUACCAUCCUGUGAUGAAUUCACCCCUGCUGCUCAACAUUUCCUUGGCGACGUAUCUAUGGUGAAGGCUGAGGUAUGGCACAAAGAUGACUUGGCCAGCCCAAGUCACAUCUAUUUGCGUAAAGAUUCAAAAUAUCCAUUCAAAUUGCAAGUCACAUGCACGUUAGUACCUUUGCGAAUGAUUGGUGGAACUCAAGUGCAAACUGGACCAAUUGGUGCUAUUGUUGAUUUUUCCGUCCCCAUCGGGACCAAACAAUGCAUCACUGCAUUCCGUCGUGAUCUCCCAAAUGUGAUCGCAAGGAAAUGCGAUCAAUUUUUAGGAUUCGCUCAGAACAUGUACUCUGUAGAGGUGUACCUGAAAAAGUCUCAAGACAACAAGGAAAUAAUGUUUGAAGAUCGUGUAGCACAAUGUAUGUCAAACGGUAAACCACUGGAACUUCAAUUCGCUUUACGUGCAAAUUUCAAGGCGGCCAAUCCAUCAAGCGCAUUAAAAGCAAAGGCUAUUCCCGUAAAAUUGAACAUUUCUAGCAACGUGAGUCCAAAGAAGAAAAUUGAUGUCAAGGAGGCAUCCGUAAACAGCAAAAGCGAUUCCAAAAAGGAUACAAAAAGUGGCGAACUUGCUAACCAAGCAAUCCUGCUCGAUGCGUUACGUAAAGACUUUGAGACAGCAAGAGAAAAUGCUCAAUCAUGUGAGACAGCGAAAAUCCCGUCAACUGUUGUACUUCCACCUUUCACAGAUACAAGCGCAGCCCAAAAGGAGGUGAAACCAGAAGAAGUGUUUUUGGCAUGGAAGAAAAGAGCGAUGCCCAGCGUAAAGGCAGAGACGGUCGCAGAAAAGGCUGCGAUGAUGCAAACGAGCUCUUUGGCAGCUAAAGAAGCCUGGAAGAUGUACCACUCUCGAAAUCAUCAGGGAUAUCCUCAUCCUUGGUCGUCCGGACCACCUCCUCCUUUUAUGUGGCCAAAAGCAUCAGAGCAAAUGACAAGCAAAGAAGUUCGGAAGGCAUAUCGCAUUCAAGAGUACUCGCAACGUCCCAUACCUUGGUAUUUCGGACCAAGUCCAUCUUCUUUGCGUCCGGAAUCAUCAGAGCAAACAAAAGCAGCUGACAUCUCUAAAGCGGCAGAAAAGGUCAAGCCAGUUGAGCAUGUAAAAAAGCCAGAGCAAGAAGAAGCGUCACAAGCACUCCCUGUGGCACCACCUGGACCACUUUCAGGCUUGCAACGGUUAACAGAUGAUUUGCUACACGUAGUAGCCGGAUCAGCACAAAAUCCUCCUGGUUCAAUCUACACACGUAUUCAAUCAGAAGCACAAGAGCAUCGCAAGAGACGAUGCAAUCCAUCAUUAAAAUCAUCCAUUCACUGUCAAGCGCCAUCAUUGAAGCCUUCUAGUGAUGCUGAGGCAAAAGAUCAAGGUCAAGAGGUUGGUCCAGUGAAAGAUACAACCCAACACAAUGCAGCUUGCAAUUUGUGCGAUAAGCGUAUCAAGGGCAUUCGCUGGAAAUGCACGGCUUGCAUCGAUUUUGAUGUUUGCUCGGCAUGUAAAGCUACCACAAAUUCUACCCAUCCUUUCCAUCAAUGGAUGAAGCUUCAAGCCACAGAUGCUUUGCCUUUGGGUGUUACACCUAGCGACUGGGUGAUCCAUCCUAACGUUAUCUGCAAUGGAUGUGACAAAGCAAUCGUUGGACCACGCUACAAAUGCAUCAACUGUGCAGAUUUCGAUUGGUGUCAUAGUUGCGAGUCCAAUCCGGCAUUGCACCAUGUGAAAUCGGAAGAGGAACCACAUCUUUUCCUCAAAAUCAACAAGCCACUUCCGGAUGCACGAUCUGUGGAGACGGCAAAAGUUCAAGCAAAAGCUACUGUAACUGCCAUGAACAAGCGUAAGUCUGCUCAUGCUGAAGAGAUCGUUGAUAUCACUCUGAAGAAGCCCGAUAUUUUCGAAGAAGAUUCCACGGAACAGCAAGAGACGCAAUUGGACAAAAUUACGCAACUCAUGGAUCGUUUGGAAAAGAAGCAAAGAAAGACAGAAAAGCGUAUCGAUAGCUUCGGAGGCGAAGUCAAAGAUUUCAAUGAUGCAAUCGAAAAGAUCCUUAACAAGAUCGAUCAGAUCAGUGCAGACUCAUUGAACACGCAGACAAAUGCUUUCGGAGAUGAAUCCAAAGAUUUCGAGCAUCCUAUCCGUAAAGAGUUCUCUGAGUCGUUUCUGAGCAUCAUGAGCAAAAUGGAUCAAAUGAACGAAGACUUGUUGAACGCGAUCGAAAAAAUCGAUCAAAUGAACGCAGAUUCGUUAAACACGACCCAUACCAAACCACUUACAACUGAGAAUGUGCGCGAUGAGGACGUUCAUUCAGUACGUGCACGUCUCGCAGAUUUGUCCGUUCAAGCGCAAAAAUUGCCUGGUGCUUCACUUGUUGCAGAUGGUUUAAUGACUAUGAAAGACGGUUAUGUUGUACCAAGUGCCCCCGUAGCGGAAGAAGAUGCUCAAAGCGUAGCAGAAGAUUAUGAUAUGCAAGUGCUAGCUGAUAUCACUGUCCCUGAUGGAGCACGUCUGGUUGCUGGUUCCCUGUUUGACAAGGUAUGGCGAGUCUGGAAUACAGGUACAAAGGCAUGGCCAGAAGAAACCUGUAUCACUUCGAUCUCCAAUUUUGCAAAUUCGACCCAGGCUGUGAAGCAUUCUAUCAACAUUGGCCGCAUAGUGAAAGCAGGCGAAAUGACGGAUAUUUGCAUGCCUAAUUUAGUCGUUCCCUCAAGCACAGGAAAGGAUGCUCACUUCUUCCGUCUUGCUUUACCAUCUGAAUUCGGCCAAGAAUUACGCUUCUUUGGCGAUCAAUUGUGGUAUGACAUCGAAAUUGUAAAUGGAAAAUCAUCCAACGAAACAACCAAAGCAAACAAAUCGACCGCCGCUUCGAUGCAUCAUCCUAAACCUUCAUCUUCCGAUUCACAGAAGCAAGAAAGUGAAAAUGAAAUGAAUGGAUCAUCUUUCUUCCGCGCUCCGUUUGCACCAAGAAAUGAUCGUGCGCCUUCAAUGACUGGUCACCAAACCGAGUUCUUGCUUACACCCACAAACGAGGGUGCAUCUUCCAUUGCUGCUGAUGAUUUGAUAUUAUUGGGAAGCGAUGAAGACUUCGAGAUUAUUGAACCUUCAAGCGAUGAAGAAAGCGAUUGAAGAAGGCUCUAUUGUACAUCAACAUCAAUUUGUUCCGUCGACCUCGCCUCUAUUGUACCAAAAACAACUCAAGCUUGUUCCUUCAUACAUCUGUACCAUGUCCCGCAAAGUUUCGAUUCGAUCAAAGUAUCCAAGGUUCUCGUUUCAUAAUAUGUAAAUUACCAUCUAGAAAAAGCAAAAAAACUCAUGUUAAAAACCUAAAUUUGAAC